CGAGCGGGGAUGGGCCCAGAGCACAAGGGCUGGGUCGUCACCCACGUGGACGGCAAAGAGGUGGACGCCGCGACGCGGAUGGACGCGCUGCAGGCCACCCGGGCGCCGGGCAGGACCUUCGAGCUGCGGCUGCGGCGGCCAGAGGAGCCAGCCGCGCCGCGGCGGGGGGAGGCCUUCGAGCCGCUGCCGGUGAAGCGCGGGUGCGUCCUCGAGGUGUCUGGCUUCAAGGGGAAGCCGGAUUACGACGGGCUGAAGGAGCAGCUGAGCGCCUUCGGCUUCGUGCGCUCCCUGCAGCUAGAGGAACCGGCCGUGCUGCCUUCGGGAGCCGAUGGUGGGGCGCCCUGCCGGCGCGUGGUUGCGCGCUGCCGCUUCGACGUCGCCGGCGACGCCAGCCGGGCCACCGAGGGCGUCACCGAAGUCGCGGGCGAGCCCGUGAAGUGCAGGCUCCUCUCGGGCGCAGAGGAGCACUCGUCAGGAGGACCAGCACUGGGCCGACCUCAACGCGAAGCUCGAGAGGAACUUCCAGGGCAGAGGAGCCGCCCUCGGCCUCCUGCCCCCCCCUCUCCCCCUUUCCGCCCGCUCCUCGGGCGCGCGCCAACGGCUCAGGGCCCGCGGCGUCGUGCUUACUCCAGAUUUCGUAAUAAAAGGGAGGGGGUCUGGAC